AUUCGCCAAGCAGGAGGUGCAAAUGACCAUCCAGCUACUCUAACCUUUUUACAAUUAUACAAAAUGUUAUCCGUUUACAGUGUAUUGAAACCUCCCAAAUCAGAAAACUGCACCAUAGAGAAUAAUAAACCUUCUCAACAUUUAAUCUCACUUGAUAGUAUCAAAACAAUUUAUUAUAACCCGGAAAAAAACAAACCAUUAUUACAUUCAAUCCGUGAAAAACUGGACUUUGCAAUUCAACAUGAUGACUGGAGUUUAGAUGAUAUAAUAAAACCCAGUGAUCAUAAUUAUUUUGUAGCUCCUGUAAUCGAUUGUGUAAUAUAUUAUGUCACAGUGUCAGGGUAUUUGUGUAAACAAAUUUUACGCUAUUUUAAAUGUGUUACAUGUCAAUCUGCAAUUAAACAAAAUAUUAAUUUGUGUUCAUAUGAACCGGUUGCACGGCUAGUUAACUUAAAGUCCAAAGGAGGAUUAAUACACCCAAAUAUUAAUUUUUUUAAUUUUAUAUGCAAAAUUGAACAGUUGUUUUCCAAGUAUUGUGAAAUGGCAGACGUUUUAGAGCUAAUACUCACCAAACUGUUAGAAGAUACUCUCUAUUUUCCUUGUUUUCAACAUAGUGAAGAAGUAAUAGCUUUUACUAUCAAAUAUUAUAUAAAUAUGAGAAUGCGACAGUUUUCGCGAAGCUAUAAUUCUGAAGCACAAAAAGAAAAUAUGAACAAAAAGAAGAUAGCAAAAUUCACAUUAACAUAA